CGUUAGUUUUAAAAGUAGCUGUUGUAAGUUCUCGGAUCAUCCCACCUUAACGGCCCGCGCAACCCCCCGAGAAACUCUCGAGCUGACCAUCCUUAAGACUCCACGGACAUCGCAGUAACUUACGUCGGGGACUCAAAUGCUAGCAACCUCACUGCUGGGCCAUACGCCGCGCUGGUUUCGGAUGACUCGAUUGCGUUCGGGACAGUGUAUCGACUCUACCGCGACUCAUACCGCAACUUUCUCUAUGGCGCAUAUGAUUCCAAUGAUGGGGAGGGCACGUUCAGUCCCGUAGAAAUAUUCCAACCCCGAUUCUGGGACCCUAUGAUCCCAGUGCCCUCCCGUAUUUACAGCUGGGACGACGCGAGGCCGCUCGCAGGGUAUCGAGUCGCGAUCAAAGAUCUAUUCGAUAUAAAGGGCCUAAUCACAUCAGGCGGUAGCCAGGCAUGGGCAGAGAUCGUCGAGGUUGCGAACGAGACCGCGCCGUCCAUCCAACGGAUAGUUGAUUUAGGCGGUGUUCUCAUUGGCAAGUAUAAGUUAGCACAAUUCGCGUCCGGUGCGAAUCCUUGGGACUGGCAGGACGAGCAUUACCCAUUCAACCCGCGCGGCGACGGCUGGCUUACAUGCUCUGCCUCAUCUUCUGGUGGUGGUUGCUCUGUAGCUGCAUACGACUGGCUUGACUUCGCGAUCGGCUCGGAUACCGGAUCCUCAAUGAGACGACCUGCUGCUGUGUCUGGGACUUACGGGAAUCGACCGAGCCAAGGACUAAUGACGCUUUCUAGAGUCAUGCCCCUCGGUGCGGCGACAGACACAGCAGGCGUAUUCUCCCGAAACGUGCGCGACUGGGUGCGCUUCGCUAAGAACUGGUACGUCCCUGAGAUGUGCCAGGACCCUUCGAUCACGGGGUUGAGUCCCCUCAAAGCAUCCGACUCAUAUGAUUUCCCAAAGCGCAUCUUGUAUCUCACGGACUACUUACCCCUGAAGAACCCGACCGCGGAGGAAAUACUUCAGGGGUUUAUCCGAAACCUGACGACAGUCUUUGGGAUGACGGUCGAAGAUUUUAAUUUAACUGCGGUUGUUGGUAACACAACUAACGAAGUUCCUAAAUAUGAUGCUCUAAAUAACGCCACGGCCGUUAUUAACUCCAUGACGCAGUACCAAAAGGUGGGUAAACCGCUGAUUGCAGCAUGGGGGGAACGAUAUGAGGGUCGCUUUCCACCGAUCGACCCAGCCCAGCGGCCCAGAUGGAAGGCGUACAACGAAUCGUUGUAUACCGAUGAGCUGUAUAACCAGUCUCUAAGUGUUAAGCGAGCAGCUGUAGACUGGUUUGAAUCGGAGAUACUGUACUCAACCCCGGAAUCGUGCAGCGAAAGCAUCAUGCUGUGGGACAUUGGCACAGGCGGGUUGCCGAGCUAUCGGGAGGAAUCUCUCAACAGCGAUCCCAACACGACAACCUUCCUAGCUGUGACACCGCCGACUGCAGGUAUCAAUGGGGCCAGCCUAUGCCCCAUAUAUGGAUGUGUCGACAUGACAAUUCCGAUUGGGCAAGUACCCUACUUGAGCAAUGUGAGUUUCGUCGAGGAGAUGAUCCCGGUUACGGUGAGCGUCAUUGCAAAAAGAGGUUGCGAUUUUAUGCUGUGGAACAUGUGGGAGCAGCUUGCAGAUGAGGGUGUGUUGAAGACUAUUAAAACGGGGAGGACUGCGUUUUGAUUCUUGAACAAGGUGCAAGCGUUUAUCGACUACAGCAGUGAAAUUAAUCGGAUUGGAUAUUGUAUGACACAUAUCUCCUUAUUGUCCACGACUUACACCUA